UUCAACGUAUAAUUAGACGCUGAAUUCUCUGAUAAAUGAGAGUAUCCAGGCCUCCCGGACAAGAUGGCCUCUUUCAAAGACUGGCUUACAGUAACGUGGGCGCAAAGCGGGAUGCACCUUCAGCCGGAAGCCGGCAACGAAGACGACACGGACUCGGUACGAGGACGUUAUGGGAGAGCUGGCAGUUUAGCUGUCACUCCAGGAGAAAAAUUAAUGGAACUACUUCGUCCGAACGUCGGCACACCUCGCCGCCAUUCGACUGCCGCCUGCGCUCCGGCACAACCGAGGCCCUCUGGCUUCGUGUACUGUCCCUCUGACGCGCUUCCCUAUUGCCCUCCGUCGAGAUUCGCUGUGCCCAGACCAGUUAAUAAGUUGCCGCCCCCACAAAUACAACAGCCACCUCAACCGCCACCAGUACCACAGCGGACUGCUCCGGUAGUGACGCCGUUACCCGUUCCACCACCAGCACCCCCUCGACGAUCUUCGCCACAACCUCCUCGUCGAGUACCACCUCCGACGCCACCCCGGCCAGUACCCACAACAACACCUCCUAUAGUUACUGACCCCAAUGGAAACAAGCGAUCACCACCAGCACCGCUACAGCAAAUAACAGUUCAACCAAGACUUGACUGCAAUCGUAACCCUCAACCACCCGUCCCGAGACGACCACCCCAAAAGAUACCAGAUACUCCGUACCCAUCAGCACCUUUACCUCAGACCAAUCCAGUGAAGCGAUCACCAAGCUCUGGAUCAAAUAUUAGUGUGCGGCAAGACUCCAAUGUUUCAUCUGAUUCAUUCAGUCAAACGUCCUCUCCAUCGUAUACGACGAAGACCAUGGAAGCGCCAUUGCUUCCCCAUCAGCAUGUUAACAAAAGCCUCAAUGCCAAGAUAGCGAGAGGGCUACUGCUCAAAGAACAGCAAGAGAAGGAGACGGGGAACUCUUCGAUAACGAAGAGCAUGUCAACGCCGGCCUCUUUACAAACUAUCGUUAGAUUCCAGAAUGGGAGUAAUAUGUCACUACAUCAUAGGAUGCUUCGAGAUAUGCGCAGCUCCAGUACCGAGAGUUCAGCGCACAAGUUUCGACUGAUGCAACUCGCGUUAAACGCGGUUGCUUUACUAGCUAUCACCGGCGCUCUCUUCGCCUAUUUCCGGGCAAACCCCGCUGUUCAGUACGUAUCUCAAGUCGUAAACCGCUCGUCGGUAGUCACGUGGCCAGCACCGACUGAACCGCCGGGCGCUCGCAACCCUGCGCCCGGAGUCUGCUUGCCGGUGAUAGUCACAUUCUGUCAGCAGCAUCGAAUUUCAUAUAACUUCACCGUAUUUCCAAAUUAUAUUGGUCAUUUUGGACAAAGGGAUGCGCAACAGGACUUGGAAAUAUAUGACGCUGUCGUGGAUGUGCGAUGUUACGAGCUCACGGCCCUCUUUCUAUGUUCACUCUUCGUGCCCAAAUGUGGCCCUUUGGGUCAUAUGGUCAGACCAUGCAGAAGCCUUUGUCAAGAAACAAUGCGCCGUUGCGGGUUCUUCCUUGAGGUAUUCGGCUUAUCGAUGCCGGACUAUUUGCAAUGCGAGAUAUUUCCUGAAUCUACUGACACGGACGUCUGUCUCGGCAACCGAGAAGUUAAAGAUGCACGACUCAGAGCCGCCAAGCCAGUAUGCCCAACUGGUUUCCAAUGUGACAUGAACCGCUGCAUUCCCCACGAUUGGCGCUGUGACGGCCACGUGGACUGCGCGGACCGCUCCGACGAGCUCAACUGUCGCGUGUGCAAGCGCAGCGGUGACGUGCACUGCGGCAACCAGCGAUGUAUAUCACAAGCUCAUCUUUGUGACGGCAAGGUUGACUGCCCUUGGGGACAGGACGAGAGGAAUUGUUUGCGACUGAGUGACGCGAACGGUGACAUUGGUAGCGGCGAGCUGCAAGUGUACCGCGCCGCCAAUCAGUCCUGGUUCCCCGCCUGCAUCAGCACACUGGACGAACCUACUGCCGUCAAACUUUGCUCCAUGCUCGGAUACUCCUGGGUGAACACGAGCUCCGUGGUGGGGGGGGCGGGCGCGCGCGCGGGCCGCGGCCGCGCGCACGUGCACGGCGUGGCGCAGUCGUACCGCGCCUUCCAGCGCAGCGAGGGCGGCCUGCUGCGCGAGCUGAAGGACUGCCGCCACGACACCAGCCGCGUGCACCUCGUCUGCAACAACUACGAGUGCGGCAAACGUCGUACAAUCGGUGCUGGAAGGAAGCGGAUAGUAGGCGGUGUGGAGGCUUCUCCUGGUGACUGGCCCUUCUUGGCUGCGAUUCUAGGAGGCCCUGAGGAGGUGUUCUAUUGCGCUGGAGUUCUUGUAGCUGAUCAGUGGGUACUGACUGCAUCGCAUUGUGUUGGAAAUCAUUCAGAUGUGAACGGCUGGACCAUCCAAUUAGGUAUCACUCGAAGACGAUCUCACGCGUACUACGGACAGAAGGUGAAGGUACGCCGAGUGGUACCACAUCCUCUCUACAAUGUGGGCGUCGCGCAUGACAAUGACAUCGCAUUAUUCCAGCUGGCGGUGCGCGUGCGCUACCACGAGCACCUGUCCCCCGUGUGCCUGCCGCCCGCGCAGCGCGCGCUCGCGCCCGGCACGCUGUGCACCGUCAUCGGCUGGGGGAAGCGGGACGACAAGGACAUGUCAGAAUACGAACCGGCGGUGAACGAGGUCGAGGUGCCUGUGCUGAACCGCGACCUCUGCAACCAGUGGCUCGAGCAUCGCGACCUCAACGUCACCGAGGGUAUGAUCUGCGCGGGUUACCCGGAAGGCGGCAAAGAUGCCUGUCAGGGCGACUCGGGCGGGCCGCUGCUGUGCAAGGACCCCGACGACACGUCGCGCUGGUACGUGGGCGGCAUCGUGUCGUGGGGCAUCAAGUGCGCGCACCCGCGCCUGCCCGGCGUGUACGCGUACGUGCCGCGCUACGUGCCGUGGAUCGCGCGACAGAUACGACUCUACGACGACAUCGCGCGCUCCGACGACGACUGAGACGCCGCCCUUGACGUAACCGAGCCUCUAACGG